AUGGACUUCGACAAUACACCUGCCAUGGAGGCGCCUCCGGGUUUUGAGUCCAACCUCGUGAACCCGGAUUCGCGCGCAACCACUCGAGUCGUAGUAUCCUCCGUCGCAUUAGCGAUUGUUGCAAUAUUUGUUCCGAUACGUGUAUUCGUUCGAUACAAGAUAGGAUACUUCAACUCAGAAGAUUGGGUUCUUCUGUUUGCCACUGCAGCAUUCAUAGUACUGGAAUCAAUGUUAAUGAUUGUUUCCUUGUAUGGUGGUGACGGUACGCAUCUGUGGGAUAUUUCAUUGUCGCGUCUCUUCGACACGCUCUACUACGAAAAUAUCGCCGAGAUCAUGUAUUGCACGACCAUGUUUCCGAUCAAAUAUGUCAUGUUGCACCAGGUCAAGUCGAUAUUCUUCGCGCAUGAUCGUAGAAGUCCAUUUCACCGGAUCAUCGUCGUUCUGAUCUGGGCCAACCUUUUGCUCUAUGUCGCCUUGGGAUUGGCUUUCAUCUUUGGUUGUACCCCACGCGAGAAGAUAUGGCACCCUAUGAUUGAGGGUCGCUGUAUUUCAGUGGUCACCUGCAUGUCUGCAGGCGGUGCGCUUAAUAUCGCUUCCGAUGCCUCGGUUCUGAUCAUACCUUUGUUCGGCAUCUCCAAGCUUCAAUUGCCAUUGAAGAAAAAGCUUUUGGCUAGCUCCGUGUUCGCGAUUGGUGUCUUUGCCACCGCCGCAGCCAUUGUUCGAUUUUACUACGGUCUUCAGCUACUGACGACCGAAGACACGACCUGGGUUUUUAUGGACAUUGGGAAUUGGACAACCAUCGAGUUCAUGAUGGGCUUCAUCGUCGCUGGUGCCCCAUACGUCCCUCGUCUAUUGGAGAAUCGCUUCAGCCAAAAGAGCCCGUCACAAGUGACGCCUGCCAUUGUCAAGACGACAUUCUACAGCUCAAAGGUGAUGAAUCGAACAGAUGGACAGGAUGCCGGCUGGUCGGCCCUUCGGGAGCAGGACGACAUGCCGUUCGAUGGGACAACACAAGCCUAUAGUAUGAGCAAUAAAUCGAGCAAUCGAUCGAGUGAUCGAUCCGAAUUAGUAUAA